GCACAGAUUUACCAUAUAUAUAAGAUGAUACUAAAUAUUAAAAGAACAAUGAAAUUUUAUCUAUUUGUACAUAUAAUGUAUACAGUUAUGUGUAGCUGGUUAACAGAUAUCAACUUUGACUUCUAACUCGAUUUCAGUCCAUAGAUUGAUAGCUUAUGGUAAAGACGGACACGAAAACUUUGUCCUAUGUUUACAUUUUCUGUGAUAAAAGGUGUUAAAACGUGUACAUAUUUAUGCAUUUGCAAUUGUACCGUCAUAACCAAACCGCGGCGAAAGUUAGCAAGAAAACAUUAAAAAUGACUAUAAAAGGAUAUAUUUUAAUCGUUUGUAUAACGUGUACCUCGAUGGGGAUAUACGGAGAUACAGCAUCGUCCGUCUGUACGAUGGAAAUGUACGGGAAUGAUACUGCUGCAUACUGGGCUUGCAAGAUUCAGUUUGCUCAUCAAGCUAAUUGGUUCCCUUCACCUAUUGCUGGACUGUUUAGUUAUGAGAUCUGGAACGGCUAUGACGGAUUCUGGCAGAAUGGGGCGGUGUUAGAGUCUUUUACAAAUUUUGUUGCUUACACAAAUAAAACCCACACACGAUAUUCUAGCGUAAUUAAAGGCGGCGAGCGCGAGCUAUAUAGCUUACUUGAAGCAUAUGGGCCGUACCCAUCUUUUGACGACAUGAGUUGGUACGGUCUGUCGUAUGCACGGAUUCAUGAAGUCCUAGGGUACGAUCUUUUUCUCCAAGAUGCCAAAGAUAUAUAUGACUGGAUAUGGAAGACAGGCUGGGACCAGAAUGGCACAUGUGGCGGAGGUUUAUGGUUCGAUAACAAGUUUGCUUCUAAGCAAACCAUCACAAAUGCACAGAUGCUUCAGUUGUCAGGGAGACUUUAUAGACUGACUAAUGAUAAAAAAUAUUUAGAUAAAAUGAACCUGCUGUACAUGUACAUAAUGAAUAAUAGUCUUAUUAGUGAAUCGACGUAUCUCGUCUCUGAUGGCGCGUUGAGCAAUUGCACACCCGAUGCCUUUUAUGGACGAAGCUAUAACAGCGGCGUCAUGGCGGGAGCUUUGGUUGAAAUGUACAGAUGUACUAAAGAUACACUUCACCUUGACCUUGCGUUCAAAGUUGCGAAUGCCUUAAUAGAAUAUUCGAGCAAUGCGGAUGGUAUCCUUGUAGAAUAUUGCGAACCAAAUUGUGAUGACGACGCGUUAAUGUUUAAAGGAUUGUUCACAAGAAAUGUAAGACUUUUAAUCGAUGAACUGGAGGACAACACGAGGCGGGAGUAUCUUCAAAGUUGGUUAAAUCUCCAACUGGAAUCAAAUUUAAUGAACAGUAUUUGUGAUAUGGUUCCAAUUACAAAAUGUAAUAUAUCUUACCAAGACGGACCACCUUACUAUAAUAAAUCAGGCCCAGUGUUCUCACCAGAUUGGCGCGGACCUUUUUCAUACGGAGCGCCUAUGCAGCAGACGUCAGUGUUGGACCUUUUCGUUUCGGCAAUAAAACCUGAAACGGUUUGUCGCGGAAAGUUUUGCAGUUAUGAUCCUUAUUAUCCGCCACCACAAGCUCUGACUUGCGGAAGUCAUCCAUGUCCAACAGGACAAGACUGUUGCGAAUAUAGUCCAUAUAGUUCAUAUACAUGUUGUGAAACGACCCAGCACUGCAAUAAAUCGACUGGUAUCUGUGAUGAUGGAAGUUUCGCAAUACAUUUAAUAUCUUUACCCUGAAUUUAUAAAAAGAGAUUUUGAAUAAAAGUUAAAAAUUUCAAAAUCAGAAACCAAAAAUCAAGAAAACGUUUUUAAUAAUUUUAUUAAUAGCAGUAUAUUUUAUUUGAAAUCUUGAUUACUAUAGCCAAUCGAACAGUACAGAGUACAUAAGUUGAUAAGUUGAUAAUAUCAGAAACUCGAUGAAUGCCAAUUAACACUAAUUAGCGCAAAUUAAGUCGGGUCUUUAAUGCAUAGAUAUUACGUAUUAUUUCUUCUGACAAAGCACAAAUAUUAUCAACGGCUUCCCAGGCUAUAUUGAAAGCGGUGCUAGUACAGUUCUAAGCAAAGUUUGUUACACUUAAGACAUUUUAAAGGUGUUUUUUUUUCUCGAAAUUCAUAAAAAGCUUUUUACUAUUCAAGCUAUACUUACUAUUUUACUAGUGUUAUAACUUAAUAAGGAUCUUCACAAAAAGUGUUUCAGAGGAAUUCGAGAAGACUGUACCAAGCAACAAGUUUUGCAUACCAAACCCUUAUUGACGUAAAAUAUCGUUGACGUUCAAAUGCGUUUGAACAUCGGCCUUUGUGCAGCCAAACGAACGUCUAGUACUAAACGCCUGUUAGAUUCUGAUCUGUAUCCUCGAAAUGUUUGUUAUGUGGCAUUAAUUCCCGUCAGAACACGAAUUAUAUCAACGUGUUCGACUUGACAGAAAUAUUUGCAGGAAGAAAUUGGUUUACAUACCUUUUGAUCCUAGCACAUGAGAUAGAAUUGCAAAUCAUUUCAGCUCUUGUUUGAGCUUUGUGACGGGUACCAGUUAUAGCCAGUUUUAUGACGGGUAACAGUUAUAGCCAGUUUCGUGACGGGUACCAGUUAUAGCCAGUUUUGUGACGGGUACCAGUAAUAGCCAGUCAAAGACGAAUGGUGAUAACUUGAAAUGUUUCUUCAGAAAUUUAUCAAUUAUUGAUAUAAAUGUCUAUAGAUAUCAUAUUCACAAAUACCUUUGCCUUCAUACAGCAAGAAAUACUCAGAUUUUCAGAUGCACAAACCUUGCCAUGAUACCGUACAAUGCAGUAAACUGAAAAAGCAUGGCAUCACCCCAUAGUUUAGCAUGAUGCUUUUUUACCUAUUUUUGGAAUACACAUAAAACAACGAACUAGUUGCAUUCAAUGUUUUGUUGUUGUUGUUGUUUUCAAAGUUGAACUCUUGACUUGCCCGUGUUGUAACACUCAAUGUUGGAAAUAUACUUAUUUUAAUAUAUGGUUAUUUAACGUUCUAACACGACCAGCAAAUAACCUACAUACAUGUAGAG